AUGGGUGAAAAGGUUGAAGACCAUGCAAGUGAUGUGGAAAUGAAUAAUUCUGAGAUAACAUUUGAUAAUCUAACCAUACUGAAAGAGUUUGGUAAUAUUGUGAAUCUUGUAAGAAAUGAAGAUUUCUUAGAGACUGUGCCUAAAGCAAAACUGAAGCGUGUGAAAUGGAUGCCCAUGUUCAACUGUUUGAAACAAGGCAUUCUCGACGAGAUGAUACAGGAACUAAGUUCUAUGUGGGAGUAUGAGAAUAUGCCGCAGAAACUUGAUGUACUUGAAAAACAGAAGGAAAAGUUCAUGGAUAUGGACCCGGAUAAGGUGUUAUGGAGACCACAACUGGGAGAUGUUAAAGCUCAGUUAAAAGCGAAUGAUGUCGCUAAUUUAAAAAAACAGAAAGUUUUACUAGAAUCCCUGGCCAAGGAGUAUGAAGCUAGAGUAAAUAGGAUUAAGAAAAUUCUGAUAGCCAAGCGAGGGUACUUGAAAGCCCUACAGUUGGACAUACAAAAGUACCAGAGAAGAAAUGAGGACCUCAUCACUAAAAUCAAUGACAAAUUAGACAAUCACCACAAUUUAAUUAAAACUAAUCUCGCUGAUAAAAUUGACAUUGAGGAUGUAAACUGGAAAGAGAAAGACAUGGAAAUUAAUGAAAUAAAUUCAUCUUGA